AGUAUGAGCCAGGCAGGGAAGACCAGAAACCCCUGACUGAGGAAGAGCUCAUGGACGCAACCCUGAAAGCAACAGAGAAAGCUACUGCAGAUGCAGUUCGGGAAGUAGAGAGAUUAACGAGGGAGAAGGCUGAGGCAACUAGGAAAGGGGAAGCAGCAGCCGAAAGAUCUGAGCUGCGGGACAUUAUUGCCAAGGUCCCUGCUGAUGCCCGCGUGGCUGAUGUCACGCGGAAUCUUGCAGAAUUGGUACUGUUGGAAUCCGCUCACAACGGGGAUGUUUUCACAUCCUGGGAUGAACGGAUCUCAUCAGUUGAGUCCCAACUAUCAUCUAUUGACAAAAAGCUGGAAAAGUUGUCAGCAGCAUUCUUCAGGCAUUUCCCUCUUGCUCCUGCACCCUCUCCUCACCCUACUGUCCCUCCUCUUAGCCCUCCUAUGACAUCCACACCACAAUCAUUCCAUCCUGGCUCUCCCAGGACUUCACCAGCUCCUCCAAAAGAGAAGGCGGCGCAGGUCUCUGGGACUGUGCCCACAGGGGAACCGAGUUCCAACACUGUGCAGCAGGAACUGCGAUUUCCCAAGAUGGCCCAGCCUGAGAAGUUCACUGGGGAAGACCCCAAAGUGGAUGUCUCAGACUGGAUAGCCCAGAUGAGGUCUUACCUCAGGGGCUAUACCUGCCCAGAGGUGGACAAGGCACGUGCCACAUUGACCCUCCUGUCAGGGGCCGCACUAAAGUGGGCAACUUCUGAGGCCAGCAAGGCUCAGAAGCAGCUGGAUGAUUGGAUUCAGGAUGCCAUCUUUCAGGGUCUGGAAACCAGGUUUGCUGACAAGGAAAAGGCCCGCAAAGCAAAUGACAAGCUUGUGAGACUAGGCCAAAGCAAGUGGCGUGGAUCACUCUCCAAGCUUUAUGCAGAGUGGGAGAAACUAACCUCCACACCUGGUUUGGAAAUGUCUGAGUAGGACAAAUUGACAUGGUUUGUCAAAGAUGCUCCAGAGACA